AUGGUGCACAAGCUAGUGCCUGGCAUCGCCCCCGACGUGCAAAAACUCGUGUUCGACGGCCGCCUGCUCGACGCCGACACGCUCAAAGCGACGGGGCUCAAGGAUGGAGUCGAUCACCUCGACGCGGUGCCCACAGCGAGGACCAUCCUCGCGGCCACCCAGCGCAAGACUGCCGCCGGGGACGGUCAAAAGAAGAAGAAGGCGAGGACGUCGAGCAGAGCGGUCAAGCGGGACUCAAUCAGGAAGCGAGCGCAAUCGCUCACCAGGGCCGAUGGCGAGGAAAACACCACCACGACCACAUCCGAGGCCGGCGGUUCGCCUGCUGUGGACGACGGAGCGUCGCCAAGUGCGGGUGGGCAACAGGCCUCGAGGCGAAGACGACGGCUGCCCAAGGUGCCCGAGCUUGCCCUGCGUGGGUUGGUCGAGAUGGGCUUCACGGCAGGUCGUGCUAGAAAGGCUCUGCUGUUGAAUGGGAUGAACACGCAAGCGGCGAUGGAAUGGCUGCUCAUGCACGGAGAGGACGAGGACAUCGACGCCCCGAUCACCGAACAGGAGCAGCAGCACAUCCUCGAGAACGAACGCAACUUCGUGCCGGACGAUGAGGCCGCGCGACAACUGGGCGAGAUGGGCUUUAGCGAGGAGGACGUGACUCGGGCUCUGCGGUACUCACGCAACAACCAGGACGCUGCUCUGGCUUGGCUGCUCAGUGAUCGCCAGUCGGGUGGCGAGGAAGACGAUGGCGAAGAAGACGACGAAGAUGACUUUGACGGCGACGAGGUGGAGGGCGACGAGGCGUCGAACGCGCUGCUGCAAGCAAUCUUGGGCAACCCCGACAUCCGCUCCGGCCUCCAGUCGGAGCGUGUGGUGCGAGCGCUCGAGCGGGUCAUGCAGAACCCGCACACGGCCAACGAGUACCUCAACGAUCCAGAGAUCGGACCCAUCAUCCUGCAGAUCCACUCCCUCAUCGACAACCUGAGGUCCUCCUCGAUGGCGGAUGGAGUUGGCGAAGAACUCGAGGGGCUCGAAGAAGGCGAGGAAGACGACUUUGAGGACCUCGAUGGCGGCGAUGACCUCGGACCCAUGUACUGA